UAUUUGGCGCACUGGAGACUUUCGUGAGCCGUAAUCUGGUUUAUAUCGACCAAUGAAAUGCGUGCGGUGUCCUCCGCUGUACCUGUAUCAUCAGUGUUUAUGGCGGCGAUGGUGGAGCAAGGAACGGACAGAGGCAGAUCGGCCCUGUAGCAUGACGACAAAGCUAGGUAGUUAUGUUCAAUAUGUUACGAUCGAGUUUGUCUGUCAGACCAAGCUUCACUUCGAUCGGUCGAUAAGCGACAGCGGUCACUCGCUACGAAAGGACACCUGGUCUGUUUUAUCGCCUUGUGGUAUUGAAUAGUCCAUGGCGACGUACAAGUGCCUCUUCUGUUUCUUUGUGUGUACUUCCUCAGACACUACAUACCAGCUUAUUUAUAAGUGACGCAAAAUUUCACUAAGCGUAAUUAUUGAUCUUUUUGUAUCUUCACACGUCUCUCUUGACAGACGACAUUUAUUAGAGGCGCGUUAUAUAGAACACCACGACACACGCCGUAUGGUCAGAUUGUCGCGUGACGUCACGAGCCGGUGCACAACAAGUGUGAUAUUAAUAGAUUUUCACGUGUCAUGGAUUUUUAUACGUAAAUCUUGAGGGAAUCCCGGUGAGGCGUUAUAAACAUUACAUUUGGAGACCUUUAUAUUACCACAUAGUCAGGAUCAGCUGGCAGGUGACGACAACCCGUUCAGAAUGUAAGCGACUAGUGAAGUCAGUAUCUCAGUUUCUCCUCAGAAAUUAUGGUUACAGGCAAGGGCCACCAUCAAGCAGUACUAGGCGUGGAGGAGUGUGUUGUCAAACGUCCCUGUACACGUGUUAUCAUCAGUGUAUUUCUGGACUGUCAUUCUGUAUCUACAGAAGGAAAAGUCGAUGCGACGAAUCUCUGGGGGUGGAUGCAGAAUCAGGAAUAUGGCAUCCGAGUGGAUCUUCUGCCUGGACAAAAGACCCUGUGACCGGAGCAGAGAAGAUUUGGACAUCAUCUAUUCUCGACUGAAAAAUGUCAAAGCUUUUGAUAAGUUCCACCCUUCACUUCUGCAGCAGAUCUGUUACUAUGGUUACUACGAGGAUUUGGAGAAAGGGAUUACAUUGUUCAGACAGGGAGAUGUUGGCACCAACUGGUAUACUGUUCUCGCAGGCUGUCUGGAGGUACAGGUGUCUGAGACAGCCAACAUCAAGGAUGCGGUGGUGAUAUGUACCCUGGGUAUGGGGACAUCAUUUGGCGAGUCCAUACUACACAGUAAACCUCACCAAGCCACCGUCAAAACAAGGGAGUUUACCGAGCUCAUUCGUGUGGAACAACGGGACUUCAAAAUACUCUGGGAGAGGAACAAGAAGUUACUUGAAGGUGUUCUGACAUCACUUGGUUCCCUGACAGCACAGGGAGGUACCCAAUCUCGGUUUGACCAGACAUCCAAGUUACGGCGAGGCAGUCAGGCUCACAAUACGGUAGAGGAUGUAGCACCGAAUCCUGCAGCACCGAUCUCCAUGAUCCCCUCUGUGAAGCUGUCACGGGCUGGCCAUGUAUUACGUACAAUACUGAUGUGUCGAGCUGCUCACAUGAUCAGAGACAGGAAGUACCACUUACGAACCUACCGUAGAUGCAUGGUGGGAAGUGAGAUGGUGGACUGGUUGUUACAGCAGGGUCCUUUGGUUCACUCGCGGAACCAGUCAGUGGGGAUGUGGCAAGUUCUUCUGGAGGACGGCAUUAUUGUACAUGUUUGUCACGAGCACCAGUUCAAGGACAGGUACCUGUUCUAUCGGUUCCGCCAGGAUGACCAAGGGGUUGGCACUACGCCAAGUCACGCUGACAGAAAGGAGUGUGAUGAUGAGCUUCAGGACACACUCCUGUCGCUGGCUCAGAUUGGGCCUGACGCGAUGAUGAGGAUGAUUCUCCGUAAAUCGUAAGUCGUCGUUGGUGUGCACAUGUGUGCUGUGUUUGUGUUGGAUUAGACAUCGUUAGAGCACAUGCUUUACAUGACAACAUGGCUGCCCUAGCUGUCAGCACCAUGUCAUGCAGCAUCAGGAAUUUAAUGCUAUCUCCAGUUUUAAACCAGGACACGAUGCUACAGCUAGCAUUUGG